UGUACUGAAAACAAUUUUACAGGUGCGGAAUGUAAGAAUAAAAUAAUGAAUAUCUCUGUUUUAACGCUAAAUUACCUCAACUAACCAGAGUACCACUGUCCAUUGACUAUUACUUAUAUCAGUAGGCUGUCUGUUUCCAAGUGUUUCGGGUUUUAAUUUUCGGAUUUUAAGCAGCCUUUGCCACACUCAAGAUGGCGGUACCGUCGUACUUCCUCUUGGGUUGUUACGUAAAUUGGUGCGUCAGUCGCGCGUAAAGUUGUGUUGACAGGAGCGGCAGGAGUUGUCAGCGGAACAGCAGCAGCAAACAUCACCGGAGCUGAAUGGAGUAAUCACAAAGAUAUCAUUACAGACAGCGUCUUAUUUAGAAGUAUUGUUUACACCGUUCAAACAGCGACGCCAUGGCAGACGACCAGUCCUCUCAAUCCUGGUCAAUCGACAAGGAUGACUACGAACUCAAUGAAGUGAUAGGGAGCGGUGCCACUGCAGUUGUCCAGGCAGCAUACUGCAGGCCGAGAAAUGAGAAGGUGGCCAUCAAACGAAUCAACCUGGAAAAGUGUCAGACUAGUAUGGAUGAGCUCCUGAAAGAGAUCCAGGCUAUGAGUCAGUGCCACCAUCCAAACAUUGUGUCUUACUAUACCUCCUUUGUGGUGAAGGAUGAACUGUGGCUAGUGAUGAAGUUGCUCAGUGGUGGCUCUGUGUUGGACAUCAUCAAACAUAUCAUAUCUCGUGGUGAGCACAAGACGGGAGUGCUGGAUGAGGCCAGCAUCGCCACCAUCCUGAAAGAAGUCUUGGAGGGGCUGGAGUACCUUCACAAAAACGGGCAGAUCCAUCGGGAUCUAAAGGCUGGAAAUAUUCUUCUUGGGGAAGAUGGCUCAGUGCAAAUUGCUGAUUUUGGUGUGAGUGCCUUUCUAGCAGCAGGAGGAGACAUGACUAGGAACAAGGUUAGGAAGACAUUUGUGGGGACACCGUGCUGGAUGGCCCCGGAGGUCAUGGAGCAGGUCCGCGGCUAUGACUUCAAAGCAGACAUCUGGAGUUUCGGGAUAACAGCCAUUGAACUUGCCACAGGGGCAGCACCAUAUCACAAAUACCCACCAAUGAAGGUGCUGAUGUUGACUUUGCAGAAUGACCCUCCCUGUCUGGAGACGGGGAUCACAGAUAAGGAAAUGGUGAAGAAGUACGGCAAAUCCUUCAGGAAGAUGCUCUCCCUGUGUUUACAGAAAGAUCCUGAAAAAAGGCCAACUGCUGCUGAGUUGCUGAAGCACAAAUUCUUCACAAAAGCCAAGAACAACGAGUACUUGCAGGAGAGGCUUCUACAGAAAGGCCCAACAAUAACCGAGCGAUCAAAAAAGGUGCGUCGUGUGCCUGGCUCCAGUGGCCGUCUCCACAAGACAGAGGACGGUGGUUGGGAGUGGAGCGAUGAUGAGCUGGACGAGGAGAGCGAGGAGGGCAAAGCUGCUGUGGCAGCUCUGCGGUCACCCAGAGUGAAGGACGGGUCCCAGAAUAUGGAGCUUUUUCCGCCAGCAGAUGGCUCCACAGGACACCUGCAGCCGCCCAGUGCAGCACAUGAGAGCCCUGUGAAUGUGGGUCAGACAGGAGAGGAUGUUCCAACUCCACAGGCUCCCACUCAAACAGCGAGUCCUUCACAUGCACCCGCUGCUCAGCAACCAGCUGCAGCCAGUGUUCCCAUCAGCCUCGUCCUGAGACUGAGGAAUCCCAAGAAGGAACUCAAUGACAUCCGUUUUGAGUUCAUGUCUGGCAGAGACUCUGCUGACGGAGUUUCUCAGGAGUUGGUUUCAGCCGGGCUGGUGGAUGGGAGGGACUUAGUCAUUGUUGCUGCCAAUUUGCAAAAGAUUGUUGAUGAUCCUCAUAGUAACAAAAAUUUGACCUUUAAACUGGCAUCCGGUGUGGAGGAGUCUGAAAUUCCCGAUGAUGUUAAACUCAUUGGAUUUGCUCAGCUCAGCAUCAGUUAAGUCAAGCAGAGCCAUCAAAAAAGGACAGAAAAUAAUGGUAUUGCACAGCUGCAUUGUAGUCAAUUCCAAGAAACCACUACUGCCAAAGAAAGGAGGAAGAGUAUGAUGAUGAGACAUGAAGCUGGCAGGAGUGUGACACUACUGCAGGAUGCAUGAGGACCACAUUGAGAGGAGGCUCAGUUCAUCACAGGAAUCACACUUGAAACGUUUACAGUGCGCUUAUACAGUAAAUGGGAGAACAGAUGCAAUCAACUAAAUGAACUCCUAAUUUCUUUUUCUUUUUCUUCCUCUUCAUACAUAAGCACAAUCCAAACCAUCUCCUGCCAGUACUGGAAGUGAUUGCCUUUUUUCUUUUCUUUCUUGUGCCACAAAACUCACAAGAGUGUCGUGCCACCUUUACAUGGCACUUUAUGCUACACUGAAAUUGAAAAGUGUAAAUUCAGCCUUAGUUCGUCAAAUCUUUUCAAUUUUACCAGUGUGAUUGGUAAAAAAAUUAAGUCUGUGUGAUUAUUUGGUGUAUUCUAUGUACGCCUAUGUAGUAAAUCUAAAA